AUGGCUCCCCGAAUGAGUCUGGGUCUGAGUACCCUGCUCGCGCUGGGGCUUGUUCUGCUCCUGCUCCCCUGCCAAGUUCACGCUUUCGGCGCCGGCAACAUCGCAUCCAUCUCAAAGGUCGAAGGCAAGAACUGGCGCCAUGGAGACAUCGAAGACAUGCUCAAGACAAUUGCGUUCAUCAAGGGCCACAAGUGGACUUCCAACAUGGUCAAGCGGGUUUACUUUGGAAACUGGCUGAGGGAUUACUCUCAAGCUAUGGACGUCGGCACCCUCAAGAGUCUCCCCGCCGAUACUAUUCGCAUCCUUGUGUGGAUUCUUUCGUUUCUAUCGUUCGGCUACGCGACGGCCGAGUUUGAGGUGACGGCUGAGAGGCUUGGGGUAUAUCGCCCGGAGGAGCAUAUCGACAACCCCAAGGACUACGCCGAUAACGAGGAUGCUCGCCAGUAUGACCAACGCCUGCGCGGCCCUAUUCGCCAGAUCGAACUCGAUAUCGACCCUGAGACCGGUAUGAAGAACUAUAUCGCAAACGAGAAAGGGGACUGGGCUACAAGCGCGGCGUAUAUCAAGUUCAGCUUGGCUCGCAGCAUUCAUUACGGGAGACUAUAUACCAGCGGCGGUCAUCGCAAGGGUAAUGAGGAGGAUCUAUGUGAAGCACUCCGAUGUCUAGGUCAGGGCUUGCAUACGCUGGAGGAUUUCGCCGCGCACACAAACUACUGUGAGCUUGCGCUCCGGGAAAUGGGCUUUCACAGCGUCUUUCCACACACUGGUGCCGAGACCCAGAUAAAUGUCCGCGGUCACCACGUUUAUCCGCUUGUAACGGGAACCUUUGGUAUGGUUGACUUUUUCCAUUCGGUCCUCGGAGAGGCUACCGACCACUUUACCCAGUCGGAGAUCAACGAGAUGGAUACUGCUCUCGGCGACGCCCAGUCGAGCUCAUCGGCAAACUCUCUCAACAACCUUACCGGACUCUUAGGAAAGGUUCCCGGAUGCGGUGACCUAGUCGCAGAAGCGGAGGCACUCAAGCGUCGAUCCGAAGCUCAGCAGUCUUCAAACAGCCGCAGUGGUGCGGACCUUGGUUACGCGGCUGGUGAGUUUACUCGUGCGUUCAAUAACGACUCGGAGCAGGCCAGGGCAAACACGCCAUCAAGCACCAACAAGCCCACUGGACUACCUGGAAUGCCAGACUUUAACCCCGCGGAAACGAUCGCCAAGAUUUACCCUAUUCUCGAAUUCCGUGACAAGGUCGUGCGAAAGAUCUCGUCGAUCAUUGAGAAGAUUCCCGGCCUGGAGGCGCUUGUCGAGAAGAUCACCGAGACGCUGACUAUUUUCAUCAUGUCUCUGCUUGCCCCCUUCAUCCGCCCCAUCAUCAACGCUGCCUCCCAGUCUCUGCAAACCGGCUCCGCUGGUGUAAUCGAAUCCUCCGGGAAACAUCAGUUCGAACCCUGGACCAACCCGCAGUGCAGCGACCCCACGCACUCCAUGCUCUCAAAGGACCACUUCUCCAACAUUCUCAACGAGCCUGCUGGAAACGUCGCCUCUGCCAUUCUCAAGUACGUGGCCCCCCGCGUACUCCACGCCUGGGAGAACAUCAACAUCCCAGAACAGCAAGUUCUGCACGAUGCCCUAGAGGUCUUCCACCACCCUGCGCUCCGGAACAUGCGCAAUGAAGCUCAUCGCACCAUGUUCGAGGCCGUCCAAUCCUGGGUCCAUGCCAUGCCUGACCGAGGUGCCAAGCUCAACGAUGUUCUCAGCUCCGAGGGCGUCAAGACGGGAAAGAAUAAUGGUGGUCAGGUCGGCCACAGCUGUCAGUCUCACUCACAAGGCGGCUUCCCCUUAGGAGGUGCUGCAGGUCAAACAUCUAGCCAUGGCUACGCUUCUCACUCCCAGCCUCAACCUCAGCAAAGCUCUGGAUCCAGCUCAGGACUCCCAUGGGAGAAGCUGUCCGACCAACUAAACAGCCUUCCCAUCCCCGGGAUCUCAAACAUCAACAAGCUCAGCAGUAAACUCUCCAGCUUUGGCUUGGGAGGCUCGUCACGAGAGGAGAAGGAUAACACUCCGCCGCCACAGCACAACUAUGAACCUUCACAUCAGCAAUUCUCUCACACGCCUCCCGCGUAUCAGCCUGGAGGUUACGGCGCUCCGCCGCCACAGCACAACUAUGAGCCUUCACAUCAGCAAUUCUCUCACACGCCUCCCGCGUAUCAGCCUGGAGGUUACGGCGCUCCGCCGCCACAGCACUACUAUGAGCCUUCACAUCGGCAAUUCUCUCACACCCCGCCUCCCACGCACCAUGAACCUGGAAUUUACGGCGCUCCGUCUUACGAUGGCGGUCACGGUCAGCCUCCUCAUCACGGCCAUGGAUACGGACAUCCCCACCAGCGUUAUGGAGGCGGUUAUGGGUACUAA